CCGUUAGCCUGACAGCGGCCGGCAGAGAUUAACUGUGUAGGCGGUGAACGCAGCGUCCGGGGGGAACUUCUCUGUCUGUCUGCUGGCAACCUGAUUGACUAACAUCACCAACGCCCAUAAAGGCCAAAGAUCCAGGAAAUGAACCGAAUUUUUUACUAGAAGAACCUUCGUCUCCCGUUAAGUCCUACCGGCUCAGUUGCUUCAGUGCUGCGGUCGUGAUUUUGUCCUGGAGCCAUUGAACGUUACAAUCGAUCGAGACUCGUCUGAUGUGUAGCAUCAACCCUUCAAGUUAGCCGCAGUUUCUUAAAGACCGUGUAACGUUCCCUGUCUUUUGGACCGAUCCACUACUCACUGCGACUGAUCAACUCCUGUCAACCUGAAAAAAAAUGGCAACCCAGAUCGAUAAAGAGGCUUGCAGAGAGGCUUACAACGAUGUUAGAGACGACAACACGGAAACCAACUGGGCUGCGUUUAAAUAUGAGGGCUCCAUGAUCGUGCCUGCAGGGCAGGGGACUGCCUAUGAGGACUUCAAGAAGUUAUGCACAGAUGACGAGCGUCUGUUCGGCUUCAUCCGAUUCACGACGGGAGAUGCCAUGAGCAAACGAGCAAAGUUCACGCUCAUCACCUGGAUCGGGGAAAACAUCAGCGGGCUGCAGCGGGCCAAGAUCAGCACCGACAAGACUCUGGUCAAAGACGUUGUGCAGAACUUCGCCAAGGAGUUCAUGAUCAGCGACCCACGAGAACUGGAAGAAGACUACCUGCGCAAGGAACUGAAGAAGGCAGGCGGCGCCAACUAUGAUGCUCAGGCAGAGUAGAGGAGCCACCGCGGUUCACUGGAAGCAUAUGGGUUGAGGGAUU